UGGGGGGGUGGUGGUGGUGGUGAGCUACUUGAUGACGCAAGGCCCUCACGUGAUCGGGAGCUGCAGAGCUACUCAGCGUUCGGCGCAGUUGUCGCUCCCUUCUGAGUACCAGCUCCCCACUGUCCUGAGCACCGUGGGUUGGUGUUGCGCCCAGGAAAGCCAGGCAGAUCUACUUGCAGGUCUCUGCAGAGCUUGACACGACUGGAAGCAAAGAAACAAGGAGGAAAUUGCCCCUGAUCAGUCAAGAAUGGUCUGUAGAUAUGCUUUAGGGUAUAUCACCAACCAAGAGAAGGAAAGAGGAGGGAAUGGCCUCAGAUCAAUACAGGUCCACCUCCAGUGACAGCUGAAGUGGCCUUUGAGCUGAAGAUCAGCACACUUACAGGCCUACACCUAGACCUACCAUCCUCUUUUCCCAGCCCAUCUGAGCCCCACUGUACCUUGUUCAUUCCUUCAGCAGGGGUGAUUACAUGGGUCACAUUCAGGAAGUGGGCUGGGUGACUGCAGGACUGGUGAUCUGGGCUGGUACCUGCUACUACAUUUACAGAUUAACCAAGGGCAGAGCCCAGAGUGUGAGGAGACUUGCCAGCAAUGGGUCUAGAGUCAAGAAGGAGACUGUGGCUGGGGUACAGAACCAGACCUUGGACAUGAAUGAAGCCAUGGAUGGGACAGAGAUUGAGGUUAGACCUAGGGCCAAUACUGGAGCAGAAACUGGAACAGGAGGUGGGGCUGGGGCUGAAGUAGAGACCAAGGUUGCUGCUAGAGUCAGACCCAAAGCCAACUCUCAGGCCAAGGCAAUGGCUGGGGCUGAGGAAAAGGCAGAAACCCAAUCUGAGGUUAAAACAGUGAUCAUGACCAAGGCAGUGACUCUAGGUGAGACCAAAUUGAAAGCCAAGGAAGUGGUCAUGAAAGAGGCAGUGACCCAGACCAAGGCUAAAGUUUGGGGAUUGGUUGCCAAGGCAGAGACCAAGAAAGAAGCAAUGACCCAGAUGAAAGUGGAAGCUCAUAUUUGGGCUGAAAAAGAGACAGAGAUGAACAGAGUACUGGUGACACAGAAUGAGGUCUUGGCAGUGACCAGGGAAGGGACCAAGAUGAAUAUCAUAAAUAAGACUAGAAUUAUUGCUGAGACUAAAUCAAGAGCCCUGGAAGAGACUGUGAAUGUGACCAACAUUCAGUCUGAAGCCAGGCCUGGAACCACAGUUGAUGUUCAGGGAAAUCUUAAUAUCAUGUCCAGGGCAGAAGCUGGAGUGGAUAUAAGGUCUUAUGUACCAUCUCAGACUAUGACCAAGAUCCUGGUUGAUGGCACAUCUUGUGCUGGGUUUGAAGUCAAGGAAAAUCACAAAAUUAUGUCUUGGGUGAGGACUAGGGCAGACAUGAGGGCUUCUGCUCAAUUUGAGAUUGUAACCAAGGCUCAGGCUGAGACCAUGACUAGGACAAGGGUUGACACUGGGGUUAAUACCAAUGCCAUGUGUAAGGCAGGGAUGGGGACAUAUAUGAGAGCUUCUAUACAACCUCAGACCAUGGCCAAGAAACAAGGUGAAGCAACGUCUUGUGCCAGGGUUGAUGACAGCAGAAAUACCAAUGUCACAACUAAGGCAAUGACUGGAGUUGACAUGAAAGCUAUCACUCAGCUUGAGGCUAUGUCUGAUGUCAGGUUUAAGGGUAGAGGCAAUUCCAAUGCCAUGUCUAAAAUAAGAGCCAAAGCAAACUUGAGGGUCAAUUCUCAAGUUGAGGCCUUGUCUGAUUCUAGGGUUAAGACCAGAAGCAACCCUAAUGCUAUUUCUAAGUUAGGGGCUGGGACAGACAUAUUGUCUUAUGCACAGCUUCAACCUAUGGCCAGUGUUCAGGUUGAUGCUUUGCCUGUUGGCAGGAUUAAGGCUAAGGGCAAUGCCAACAUUAUGUCUCAGGAAGGGGCUGGAACAGACACAAAGGCACAGUCCCAGGCUUCUGCCAUGAGCCAGGUUGAAGCCUUACCAAGUACAAGAAGCAAGGCUGGGGGCAAAGUCAAAGGCAAGUGUAAAGCAGAGGUCGGGACAGGCAUGAAAACAUGUGCACAAUAUCAGGAUGGAGACAAGAGUCAAAAUGAUGCUUUGCCUGAUUCCAGAGUUGAUUACAGGGGAGUUCCUAAUGCUUUUUCUAGGGCAGGGGCUAAGGCAGAAAUAAGGGCUCAUGGUCAGCCUCAGGUUAUGAACAAUGCCCAGGAUGAAGCUUUCUCUGGUAUCCAGAAUAAGGUCUGGGGCAAUCCCAAUGUUGUGACUAAAGUAGGGGCUGGGUCAGACACAAUAGGCUUGGCCCAGCCUCAAACAAGUAUGACAAUAUCUUCUCGGCCCCAAGCUGUGGCCAGUUCCCAGGGUGAGGCCUCACCUGGUGCCAGUAAUAAGGUCAGGGGCAAACCCAAUACUGUGUCUAAGAAAAAGACUGUAGUAGAUACAACAGGUUCCACCCAGCCCCAGGAUGUGUCAAAUUCCCAAGGUGAAGACUUGCUUGGUGCCAGGAAUAAGAUCAGGGACAGACCCAAUGCUGUGUCUAAGGCAGAGGCCAAAGCAGAUGCACUAAGUUCCACCCAGCCCCAGGUUGUGACUAAUUCCCAAGGCAAAUUCUUGCCUGGUACCAGGAAUGAGGUCAAGGGCAAUGCCAAUGCUGUGCAUAAGGCAGGGGCUGGGCCAGAGAUGGUGGGCUCUGCCCAGCUCCAAGCUGCCACCAAUUCACAGGGUGAGGCCUUGUGUGGUACUAAGAAUAAGGUCAGGGGCAAUCCCAAUGCUGUAUCUAAGGCAUGGACUGGGCCACAUGCAAUGGGCUCUGCCCAGCUGCAAGCUAUGAAAAAUUCUCAAGGUGAGGCCUUGCCUGGUGCCAAGAAUAAGGUACAAGACAAUCCCAAUGCUGUGUCUAAGGCAGAGGCUAGGGCAGAUGCAACAGGUUCUGUCCAGCCUCAAGCUGUGGCCAAUUCUCGGGGUGAAGCCUUAUCUGGUACCAAGAAUAAGGUCAGGAGCAAUUCUAAUACUAUGUCCAAGUUAGAGUCUGAAGCAGAUACAACAGGUUCUUCAGAGCCCCAGGCUGCAGACAGUUCUCACAGUGAGGCCUUUCUUGCUGCAAGGAAUAAGGUCAAGGACAAUUCUAAUGUUGAGUCUAAGGUAGAGGCCAGGACAGAUACAAUGGGCUCUAGCCAGCCUCAUUUCAUAAUCCUUUCCCAAAGUAAGACUUUGCUUGGUGCAAAGGAUAAAGUUAUAUCCAAGUCUAAGGCAGAAGCCACACAGGAAGGUGUUGUCAAUGCAGACCCCAAGCCUAAGUCCAUGCCCACUUCUGAGAGUGAGGAGUGGGCUGGUACUCAGGCCUGUGGAAAGGCUCAGCCUAAGGUCCAUGACUAUUACUGGAAUGGAAUUGGUGUUGAAGAUUGGAUUGCUUCUGAGCAAUGGAUCAAAUUUAGGUUUCAGGCCAGGGAUGGAUACUGGGAGAAUAGCAUGUCCUGGGCUGAUGAUGAGAAUGAAGCCAGCAUUGAGUCCUGGAGUGGUGCUAGUGAUAUAUCUGGUAUUCAGUCCUGGGCUGGGGCUUGUGAUCAGGCUGAUAUUAAGCCCUGGCCUGGGGCUAGGAUUGAGAAUGAGGUUGAUAUUGGAUCCUGUGAUGAAUCUGGGGACCAGGUCAGUGGGGAUCUCUGGGCUGGGAAUAAGGCCAUUGGAGGGUCUUGGACUGGGGCAGAGAACCAGGUCAGUGGGGGGUCUUGGGUUGACACUGGGAAUAAGGCUACAGGAGAAUCCCCGACUGGAGGUCAGGUCAGUGAGGGUUCCUGGGCUAGGGGCCAGGCCAGUGGGGUGUCCUCGGCUAGGGAAGAGGUCAUUGGAGGGUCCUGGCCUGAGGCUCAAGAACAGGCCAAUGGAAGGUCCCAGGAUGGGGAUGAGAUUCAGGCAAGUGGAGGUUCCUGGACUGAGUCUAAGGCUGGGAAUGUGGCUAGUAUUGGGUACUGGUCUGGGGCUGUUGGCCAGACUAGUGGAGGGUCCUGGUUUGGGACUAGCAAUCCACCUGAUGGUGUAUCCAAGCCUAGAUUUGAUAAUCAGACCAUUGAAAAUGUACCCUGGGCUGGGGCUGGUGGUCAGGGCAGUGGAGGGUCUAGGUUGGGGUCUGAGGACCAGUCCAGUGGAAGGUCCUUGGCUGACACUGCAGAUCAAGCCAGUGGAGUGUCCAGGCUGGGACCUGUGGACCAGUCUAAUGGUGGGUACUGGGCUAGGGCUGGGGAACAGGCCAGUGGAAGGUUCUGGUUUGGGGCUGGGAUUCAGGCAGGUAGCUGUUCCAAACAUGUAUUUGAGGAUCAGGCCAGAAGAGGAGGUUCCUGGGCUGGUGCUGGAAAUCAAGCUGGUGAAAAAUCUUGGGAUGGGUGUAGUCUGGGACCUGAGAAUCAGACAAGUGGAGGGUCCUGGACUGGAGCUGGGGACCAAGCCAAUGGAAGGUCUCAGGUCAGUGCUGGGGCUGAAGCCAAUGAAGGAUACUGGUUUGGGACUGGGAAUGAGACUAGUAGUAGUGGGUCCUGGUUCUGGAGAGGGGAAGAAUCUGAUAUUAUGUCGAGGCCUGGAAGUAAAAAUGCACCUAGUGUUGAAUCCAGAUCAGGUGCUGGGGAAGAGGGCAUUGUUAGUUCUGGAUUUGGGGUUGAGGACAAGGCCAGUAUUGGGUCCUGGAUCAGAUGUGAAGAGGUUUUUAUGGAUUCCUAUGUGGGGGCUGAGGCUGGAACUGAGGCCAGGAAAGAGUCUUGGCUUUGGGAUGAAGAUGCAACCAUUACAGGGUCCAGGCUUGGGGUUGGGGAAGAGCUUGGCAUGAGUUCCUGGACUUUGCCUAAGGAUAUAGAUGAGGAUGAGCUAAGCACAGUGUCCAGCCCUGAUAUCGAGAAAAUCAGCUUCAGGUCCUUGUUUUGGACUGAGAAUGAGAACAAUAGUGAGUAUAGAUCCAAGGGUAAGAAAAAUGUCACUUUUGAGUGUGGGGCUGGAGAUAAGGCUAGCUCCAAGGAUAAGCUUGAGGCUGUUGGUGGGGGCAAUGUAAUGUCUUGGUUCAGAGAUGGUAAUGAAAACAGAAGUGAAGACAUAUCUGCACCCAAGACUAAAGCCAAGAAAUCAUCUGAGUCUACAGGUACAUAUCCAUCCAUGGUUCCUGGAGCAGGAAUGGGGUCAUGGGCAGGAACCAUGAUCUGGACAGAAAUGAAAUUUCCAUACUCAGAUGAGCCCUGCUUACUACCUGAAGAUGAGCUCAGAAAGCAGAUCAGUUCUCAGGAGAAAGCUCAGCCCUGGGGCUGCUGCUGUAAACACAAAGCUAAUAUGGAUCCACGAGAGCUUGAAAAACUCAUUUGCAUGAUUGAAAUGACUGAAGAUCCUUCUAUUCAUGAAAUAGCCAAUAAUGCUCUAUAUAACAGUCCUGAUUAUCCAUUUUCCCAUGAAAUCAUUCAUAAUGGAGGUAGAAUCUCAAUUAUUGAAAGCUUGCUCAAUAAUCCCCACUCCAGUGUUAGGCAGAAGGCUUUAAAUGCAUUAAAUAACAUCUCAGUGGUGGGUGAAAAGCAUAGGAAGGUUAAAACAUACUUAAACCAAGUAUGUGAAGAUACCAUCACCUAUCCCUUGAAUUCAAAUGUUCAGCUGGCUGGACUAAGAUUAAUAAAACACCUGACUAUUAUUAGUGAAUAUCAGCAUAUGGUUACAAAUUAUAUUUCAGAAUUUCUUCGUUUGUUAACUGUGGGAAGUGGAGAAACUAAAGACCAUAUUCUGGGAAUGCUUUUGAAUUUCUCUAAAAAUCCAUCUAUGACAAAAGAUUUGCUCAUAGCCAAUGCACCAGCAUCACUGAUUAAUAUUUUUAGCAAGAAAGAGACAAAAGAGAAUAUUCUUAAUGCUCUUUCAUUAUUUGAAAAUAUAAAUUACCACUUUAAAAGAAGAGCAAGAAUAUUUACCCAGGAUAAGUUCAGUAAAAAUUCCCUUUAUUUCAUAUUCCAACGACCUAAAGCAUGUGCCAAGAAACUUCGAAUCUUAGCAGCAGAAUGCAAUGACACUGAGGUGAAAGAAAGAGUUAAGCUAUUAUUAAGUAAACUCUGAUUAGUUGUAUGUUUUCAAAAAAAUCUGAGUAAUAUUUUGAUUUUGCACUCUGAGGGUAAUGCACUUAGUAAAUUCCAUUAUAACUUUGAAACUGAUGUUACUUAUGAUGUCCUAUGGCUGGACCAUAUUAUGAACACCAAAUUAAUUCAAACUUGUACUGAAAAUACAUGUGUUGAUUUUUACCUUGUCUGGAUUGAGAUGUUUUUAAUAUGCUUCAUGAGCAGAAAUUAAACCGAUUCUUCAUAAGUAAGGUAAUCUUUGGUCCUUUGUGUGGGCUUAUGUUUAUACAUUUGAGAUUUUAUUUUUGUUAUCAAUAAAGUGUGUUUUAAGCAGGAAAAAAAGACAUGUCUUUGUCUUUGAGUUUACGAUCUACUUGGAAAAGCAAGAUAUAUUGAAACAAAAAGACACUAACAAAACCUGGAGUCUCUGAUCAUAGCUAGACCCCUCUCACCAGGGCAGAAAGUUCUAGAGGUGACAGUGCUCAGAAAUUUUUACAAGGAGAGGAUGCAUAAGUAAGUUGGACUUGAAGGAUAAGAGAAAAACGGGACAAAAGGGCACUGGAGGAGGGAGGGGAGGAGAGAAGAAAGACAUGGAGGUAAGAAUCCUUCUCCAGAAAGGAGGCUGACCUGCCUGAGUGCAAAGUGUGGGAAAGGGAGUGAUGAGAAAUAUAGUCCAGCAGUUGAGGUGACUCCCAUUUGUGGAAGGUCCCUGAUUACUGAAGGUGUCUCCAUAUUACUCUAUCCAAUCCUGGGAGACACCGAAGUCUUUUGUGACCAUGCGAAUGACAGGGUGAAAGGGAAAUGAUGUGGCUGAUUUCUGUGCAGGAUGAGUCUGAGUUGGGGAGGGGACAGGAGUGGCCACUGAAGAUCAGAACACCAGUUAGGAAGUUACCACCAUAAGUCUGAGUACAAAAUGAUAAAGGUGUGAAAUGUCACUGCUGGCCAUGAGAAUGGUAAGGGAAAGAAGAAAGUGAGAGACCCUUUGAACAAAGAAGUGCUGGGACCUAUUCUGGGGGCACACACUGAGGGGCAAUUUUAUUUUAGAGUCCUGGGGGCAUUUGAUAGGAAAGUGUCCUCUUUCCUGGCCAACUCUGCUAUCUAUGCAAAUAAAUACAUGAGUUACUAUUUUGAAAUAAGGAAAUAUAAUAGAAGAAAUAAUAAAUUUUAGUGCUUCUAUCAGAUUUCUUAUCUAAGGUAGGUCGAGGCAGGGCCUUUAUGGAACUAUCAAAAGAACUGUUGGCAUCCAUACUGGAGAAGGUCCACCUCUCUCUCAACCCAGAGUGCAGUGAGAGUGUGGAGGGAGGGCACACUCAAAGUGUGCUGGUGGGAGCAUACACUGGUACAAGGUCCAUUUGCACACAUGAUUCAGAAGCCUGAAGAUGUUCAUGCUCUUUAACCUAAUGAUCCCACUGGUAGAAAUAUAUUCUUAGGAAAUAAUCAAAUAAUUGGCUUAUAUAAGACUUCACACCAUUUUGAAGUGUGAAAAACUUGAAUAACCAAGUGUCUUGAAACAGGCAUUUGGCUAAACAAAUUAGGAUAUGUCUACAUAUUGAAACAUUAUGUAGUUCUUAAAAAGGUACCAUCAGAGAGCCCCCUUAAGGAUUGCAUCAGCUGAGAUUGUGUUGUCAAAG